CGUGACCAUGUUUCUAGUCGAGCCCUAGGUGCCGAGGCACCAGUAGGAAGCUCCGCUGCUCCCGCUCCGACGCGGUGGCUAUGGUAACCAGUCACCAAUUCCACGGAGUUGACUGGAUCUGCAGAUGGUAAGAAUAGAAGCAGAUGAUCAUGGGAAGCACUGUCUCACUCUUCUUUAUUUCCCUUGACUAAAGCAAUGGAGGAAUCACAACAAAGUAAUCCUGUAGGCACCUUGUAUGGGAGUACUGUGAACCCAAUUUACAAAUAUAUUUUGAAUGACUUACCAAGAGAAUUUAUGUCAUCCCAGGCAAAAGCAGUUAUUAAAACUACUGAUGAUUAUUUGCAGCCUCAGUUUGGCCUCGACAGACUUUUGCAUUCAGCAGCAGUAUCAGAAGGGUCAGGACUUCAAGAUUGCUCUAUACAUCAAACAGCAUCAGAUCACAGCCAUGAGGAAAUAUCAAACCCAGAUAGCUUCAAAUCAAACAGUAAAAACAAUUCUUGUUUUAUGUCAGCAUCCAAGAGAAACAGACCUGUCAGUGCUCCAAUGGGUCAACUGAGAGUUUUAAAGUUCUCCUCUCUAAAAUUUCAGUCCACUCAGAAUUGGCAAAGAUUGUCUCAAAGAUACAAACUUCAACCAAGAGUAAUUAAAGUAACAGCUUACAAAAAUGGAUCUAGAACAGUCUUUGCCAAAGUUACUGCUCCAACCGUCACCUUGCUGCUGGAGGAGUGCACAGACAAGCUGAAUCUGAACAUGGCCGCACGACGAGUGUUCUUGGCAGACGGCAAGGAAGUCCUCGAAUCUGAAGAUAUUCCCCAUGAAGCUGAUGUUUAUGUUUCAACGGGAGAGCCCUUUUCAGAUCCACUCAAAAAAUUAAAGGUUUUAGAUACUUGCACAAUGAAAAUGAAUCUAGACUCACCAGCAAGAUAUCUUUAUGAUAUGUAUGGCAGAAAAAUUGAAGAUAUUUCUAAAGUUCCUCUGCUUGAAAAAUGCCUUCAAAAUUCCAUCACACCUUUGCGGGGACCACUUUGGGUCUCUAAGGGAGAAGGUUUCAGCCCCUCAGGAGCUAAGAUGUACAUCCAAGGAGUUCUUUUGGCCUUGUACCAACGAUUAAAGUCUACAAAAAAAUAUUAUAAACAGUUGAGUUUGGCCUUCAAUGAUGAAAAGGAGAAAAUGACAGAAAAAGUCAUUCUUUCAAUGACAGCAAAGGAGCACCAUAAAGCACAAGAAGAAGUAAGCAGGCUGAUUGAUGAAUUGCAGACAGCUAUCAAAAGCAACAGAGGUCAUCUCUCUAAACUUGGCCCCCAAUUACAGGCUGAGCAGGAGCAAUUCUCCUCUUAUGUCUACCAACACAUUAAAAGCCUUCCAGCAAACACUCUGGUCCCAGGAGGCCUGCAGCUCAAGGUGUUCGAAAAUGGUAAAAACACUGGAGGAACCUCUGUUUAUGUCAGUAAAAAAGAUUUAGGCUCCAAUAGCCCAACUCAGACUGGCAGUAUGAUGGAAAGAGUUAUGUCUUCUUCAUCCCCCUUACCCACCCUCCACCAGUUACUUCUCAAGAUUCAUCAGAGGCUUCAAGGUUCUUCCAUCAGCCCACCAGGCCUCAAUUUUUCUUCAGCCCGGCUAUAUGAUGAGCAUGGUCAAGAAAUUAAGAAUCCACUUUUGCUGAAGAAUGAGCAAAAAAUCUGGGUCUCUUAUGGUAAAGCAUUCAGAUCUCCACAAAACCCUGUUUUGGGUUUGACCUUUGACCGAGUGACGGCAUUUGCCAGAGGUGGCAUCACAGUUGCCUUCAAGACCUUUUUGGAUCCUAAUGCUGUUCUGCUACCUGGAUGUGAUAAUUGGGACAUUUGUGAGGGAUUUCCAAUUAAUUUCAACUGUACCAGUGAACAGAUACCUGAUCAAUUUGAAAAGAUGGACUUGGAGAACCAUUUCCUACAGAACAAGGUGGAUCCCAAUAUUGUCCUUCAUGCCUCUGUUUCCGUUGGAAAGCGAAGUUCCUCAAGUAGUGAAGUGAGCAGCAGGAGUCAGAUAGCUCCGUCAACCCUGUGGCCUGCAGCCAGUGUGUGGCUGAUCACCAAGACUGGAAUGAUCCUGAGCCGAGCGAUAACUCAGGGCUGCCUAGCUAUUGGUCAUCCAAUCAGAGUCAAGGCUGCGACGGGAACAUCACUAGAAGGAUAUAAAUUAAUCCUACAGAAAAGACAUAAAGGAGAUGAAUCUCAGAAGUGGGUGUUUGGAACUGAUGGCUGUAUUUAUUCUAAGGCUUAUCCUCAAUUUGUUCUGACCUAUCUGGAGGAGCUAAAUGCACAAGUGGAUGUGACUCAAACAGAGUAUCACAUUCACCAUGGUGCCUGGACCACAGCUCAAGAAUGUGGCAGAAAUUUAGCAGAAGAGGUUCUGCAAAAAUGUGCCAGCAACUCUGAUCUGAAGCAACUGCCAGAACCCUCAGACACCCAUUUAAUGCCAGAAGGUUCUCCUGAGGAGACGGGGCAGCUGACAGUGGCACUGGUGAGGAAACUGGAGGAGAAACAUCCUAAGGCUUCCGCUCAGAGGUGGGCCAUAAAACACGAAGGGAUCAGUAAGCCAGGCCAAUGGAAGCAUUCCAGAGUGGAAAACCCUCUAUGGAACAAGCUUACUUACAUGUGGCCAGUCCUUCCCAGCGGACAACUUAAUGAGGACUUUGAUUGGCCAAUAGAAGGACUGCUUGUUCCCAACAGCCCUCCUAUGAAGAAACCCAUCCAUAAGACACCAGAGCAGUAUGUCCCUAUGAAACUCAGAGUUUUGAGAAAUGGAGACAAGAAUAAAAGCAGAUCCCUUAUUACCAUUUGUCCAGAAAUCUCAUCUAAAACACAAAAUGUUAAUCCUGAAAGGAAAGAGAAAAUCUGUGUUGCUAAGAAUUCUGAGAUGGAAAUAAAUGAGACUGAAUUUCAUCAUUUUUUGGAGAGGUGCACUGAAAUUUUAAAGUUACCUUCUGCAGCUAGGAGAUUGUUCAAUGAAAAGGGGAAGGAAAUCUUUUCCCUAAAGGACCUGCAAAGAGAUGAACUGGUGUAUGUUUCAUGUGGAGAACAGUGGAUCAAUCCUGACCAGUCCAUUGCUCAGCAAAAGAAGCAGAUAUUCCUCAGGAACCUAGCAUCUGACAUUUCCAAAAUUCAAACCUUCUGCAGUCUUCGUAAGGAAGAAACUCUUGUUUUAGAAGUCCAAAGUGACAUCAUGUCUGGAAGCAAGCUUGCUGUGAAUAAACCUAGAGCAAUUUUUGGAGAAGAGAAGCAAGUUGAAGAACCAGAGGAACAGCAAAAGCAAAAUAAUGCUUUAACAACAGCUAAUGCUUCCAGUGAAAUCCUAGAUUCACAUGCAAGAGCCCACCUCCGAAUGGAAGCUUGUCACACAGUUGUCAGAUAUGCCUGGCAGGAUACUUCACAGGACUUUGAUGAGGACGUCAGUCUUCCAAAGAAAAUGGAAGAACUCUUUGAAAAUGUGAAACCGCAAAUGAAACACAGCCAUUCUCCAAAGUAUGGUAAAUUGCAGAAGAUUUCUCGUCAGCAGUUUGAAUACAGAGAUGGGCAGAUUAUAAGCUAUGCUGCUCCUCAGCUUGUUUUGGGGUUACAAAGCUCCAACCUCCAUUCAGGUAUGGAGGUCAUUUUGGUGGAGAAAAAAUCUGAUGAUAAUCAUCAACGCUGGAUACACAAGGAGGACAGCAGGACCUUUCACCUGGCGAGUAACCCAGACCUUGUGCUGGCAGUGUCUAUGACCAAGACUAGAAAUGAAGCCUGUGGCUAUCCAGUUAUUGUUCAGAAAUAUAAGCCAUAUAACAAUGGAACUGCCAAUCAAAAGUGGCACUACAUGGAAAAUUUGAAAACAUUUAUGGCCUUUUAUAGCACUGCCUUGAAUAAGGAAAUCACAUUGGCAAAUUUUGCUGGUAUUUGUACAUCUUCUGUCAUUAAAAGGGAAAACAUUGAUCAACCAGGAUACUAUUAUCUCUCAGCUGGUGGAAAGAGGAAAAUGAUGCUCUGCCUGGCCUGUGGACAAUACCUAAGAGCAGAGAAGAGACUGAAACAGUUGCUUCCAGGGGUUCCAUUCCUCUGUGCUUCAGGCUCCGACACCCAGAAACCCUUAUCACAAGGGCCUUUCAAGGUCAUCAGUGUGGCCAAGGCUGACUUAUCAUCUUGUGAGGCUGACAAAACUCUAAGUUAUUAUGAAGAACGCCUAUUAUCUUUACGGACGAAGACCUGUAUGCAAGCUGUGUGUCACAGUGGUAUGGCAGCGACACACCAGACGGCAGUGAAAAUAAUCGCAUACAGAAAUGGGGAUGGAUAUCGUAAUGGGAAGUUAAUUGUGGCUGGAACAUUCCCCAUGCUUCUUACAGAAUGCACAGGACAGCUUGGGCUUUCCAGAUCAGCUUCCAAAGUAUAUACCAGAGAUGGAACCACAAUCUUUACCUUGCAUGAUUUGGUUUUAUGGGCUGUAAAUGAAUCAUUUAUGAAGAGAGACUCUGAAGAACAAAAGACAGGCUUAACUCCUGUUGGAACAGAAGAGAUCACUGCCAAAAAAAACUCUAGAAUGAAAUUGAGAGACAAAUUGCUUCCUGGCUCUGUGAAAUCUGAUAGUUUGGAUAGUAUAGAUAAGUCUUUGCUCACCCUCAUCCUCAGAAAUCCUGUUGCUGUCUGGGUAUCUUGUGGUGAACCAUUUAUACCUCCAAAUGCUUUGCAGAAAGCAGAAAAAUUAGAGAAGCAGAACUGGCUAAAAAAAGACAAAAUUUUGGCUGAUUUAGAUACCAUGAAACACAAACUGAGACAGUUAAAAGGGCGGCGAGUAGCAGCACGUCAGCCAGCCACCAUGGUUCCCACCAAAAGCCCUGUGCAGCCGGUAGUAGUUGAAGGAGGCUGGACUGAGCAGACUCAAGAGGAAAUUAAACUCAUGGAACUUAUAAGACAUACAGAGGCACAUCUUUCUGAAGUUCAAGAACUGCAAUCCAAACAGAAUUCCCCAGUUGCAACUGUACGUAAAGCAGUUCAGCCUAGUAGCCUGUAUAAGCAACCCAACACAAAACGAGUCUGGGUUUAUUUAAAUGGAGGAAGACCUGAAGAUGGCACUUAUGCGUGGGGCAGGACUAUUACAGAGCUGCUAGAUGACUGUUCAUCUCAUCUCAAAAUGACCCAGCCAGCCAGAACCCUGUACACCCCAGAUGGAGUGUUGAUUCAGUCAUGGGAUGACAUAGAACGAGACAUGGUCAUCUGUGUGUCUACAGGACAUGGCUUCAUAACUCAGAAAGAGUUGAAGCAAGUGGUGGAGGUCAGAGCAAAUUACGCCAGAAUUCGAAGGCAGCAGGGCCCUCAAGCCACAGACCUUGUGGUGUCACCAUCUAUGAAGCUGCUGUCACUGGUACAUCUGCACAAUUAAUUCCUAUCAGAACCAUCAUAUUUUGUGCUGUAUUUUGCUGGUAUAACUGUGUAUAGAUACUCAUGUGCUUGUUAAACAGGAUUGUUAUUUAUUGCUUUUAAUUUCAAAUAGUCUCUUUUAAAGGUUAUUAUAUACAACAUUUUACAUAAACCAGCAUUUGCCUAUACCUAUACCUUAAAACUGUUCCUGGAAAGGCAACAAAACUAAACAGAAUAAUGCGGUAAAACAACUAUCUUAGGUGUACUUUCUCCCAGGAAACAAAAACAGGAACCUACUAGUUGAUGCUGUAAUAUUUUAGCAGAAUCAAGUAACUUAUAUGUAAAAUAUACAUAGAUGUAUGUGUGUAUGUACAAUAUUUGAUAAUCAAAUAGAUUCUGACCACUUAACCCUAAAUUCAUUCACAACUGACAUUUCCUGGCUCAAUUACCCUAUUUUCAAAACUGUUAAAAAUCUUACAUUUAUUAAAUAAAACUGAAAU